CCCAUAGCAUUCUAAGGAACAACCACUGUAAAGAAGAUAGAUCUUCUUCGCCGCAAUCCACUUAAAAUAUAGGUCCACUUAAUAGCAACAAAGAGCAAAAAAGCUAAAGUGCAGCAGGUUUGUUCAAGUUCGUUACAAGGUUACUGACGACUGGAAAUGGGACAUUGGACUAAAAUUGAAUAAAUUUGACUUCAACGUUACUUAUAAAGAAGUGGUAUGUUUUUAACAUAUUUGUUUUUGCCUCACUACCAGUAGUAAUUUCGUCACUUAUUUCCUAACCAAAAAGUGCACCCUAAAGAUUAAUGCAGUAUGACGAAUUCCUUUUUAUUUCCAUUUUUUAUUCUUGUACUUCGCCCUCGAGUGAUCUUACGUCUCAUUGACACCUCUUCCUUUCCGUGUCGGUCAUGUACUCAAGGAUGCGUGAAGGUCAAAGAUUUUACUGCUGCUCUAAUCGUCGAAAAUGUCGGAAUAAUAUAGCUUUUUGGUGUUUCGGUCUUGGCAAUAAUUUUUCCUAUGUGAUAAUGUUAAGCGCAGCGGUGGAUAUUAUUCGAAAACAGGAAAAUCCUGAAAUCAAGUCUACUUCAAACGUUACUGAGAAUCGUAUAAACUGUACACAAAUUGGGACUGGUAGUGUUCUACUGGCUGAUAUACUUCCCAGUAUGCUUUUCAAGUUUAUUGCUCCAAUGUUUAUACAGAGGCUUCAUUUUCAUUUUAAAAUCAUUUGUGCCGUUCUCCUGGCUGUUAAUAGUUUCCUGAUGGUCUCUUUCUCGCAGUCGUUUUUUGUGAGUCUUUUAGGCAUUGUAUCUGCAAGUUUGUCAUCGGGAAUAGGAGAUGUCAGUUUUCUAAGCAUGUUAGCAUUCUUCGACAAAUCUUGUGUUUCAGCUUGGUCUUCGGGUACCGGUGCAGCUGGUUUAAUUGGUUCACUUGUCUACGUUGGUUUAACAGCAAUAGUUACACCUGAAACAACACUGCGCAUUAUAAUUAUUGUUCCUUGUGGUAUAUUAAUAGUAGCCAAGAAAAUGAAUUCGCCGUCGAAAAGAGAUUCUUCGCUGAACACUACGUGUUUUUUCCUUCCAUUAAAGUUAUGUUGCCGAAUACUGAACAUCAUCUUCAUUCGCAAAUUUUUUUUGGAACUCUUCAGAGAAAACCAGGAGAAACUUCACCAGAAUUUAUGCUGCUCGUACAGCAAAAUAUAGAAAUUCAACUAAACCAUAAUUUAUUUAUAUUAUUUUAUUUAAACGCAUAAAAACUUGGUACAAUAUGGCACCAAGAAUGAUGCACCACACAAUAAUUAUAAAACAACAUAGAUCAAAAGAAAAAAAGAAAGAAGAGAAAAAAAAAUAUAUAAGUAGAGAACGGAUAAAGAACUUCAUCUGGAAGGAAGACAGUCAUGCUUUACAAGUUUAAACAGUAUUCGUUAACUAUCAUCGAGAAGGAAAGAAAGAAGGAAACUGCAACACGUGUAAUAGCACCCGAUAAGUUUCAUUGAUUGUUUGUUGCUUUAUUCAAUUCAUUGUGUGAAGGCUGAGAUACUGCCUAAGCGCUCAGACCGAAGCAGGUGGUUUUAUUAAGGGACCAACCCCCGAGCCUUUGACUUGGGGUCUAAUCCGCAAGGCAGCGGAGCAGCGUCAGGAGCUGCAUUCCCAUGACCGUUUCCGGUGACCCAUAUGGGUUCAUACGCCAUUUGAUCCGAUUGGAUGCUGGAGCCCAUGUAUCUCAUGGUAACUGCUUUUAGUCUAACCGCUAUCCAAACAACCUUCCUGACAUGGUAGGACCUGCAGGGACAGGUCCCAGUCAGUUUAGCAUGUUGGGUCAUUACGGUAUUCAAGCCUGACCACCACGACAAGAUAGCAGUUAUCGGCCGGGAAACCAUAAUUAUUAUUAUUUUAUGACAUCUCCCUCUACACACAACCAUCCG